AAAACUAAGGAGCCAUAUAGUAGUAUUGUCUUAUUCAAUAUCAGAAAACCAUGGCUAGUCCUAAAAUUAAUGGUCUUUUCAGUUUUGUGAUCUUAUGUUUUGCCUUUUCUUUUGCUAUGGCACACCCUCCAUCUAAAGGAGUUAAAGGAGCAUAUUAUCCUUCUUGGGCAUUUUCAUCUUUUCCACCAUCAUCUAUAGACACAUCUUUUUUCACUCAUGUCUACUAUGCAUUUCUUGUUCCAAACAACACCACAUUUAAAUUCGAAAUCGACGACGAAACGUCCACUCUCCUCUUCAACUUCACCAUUACCCUCCGAUCGAAAAGACCGUCCGUUAAGACGCUCUUUUCUGUCGGUGGAGGGGGCGAAGGACCUGCUAGAUUUUCACGCAUGGCGUCAACAGCUGCCUCUCGUUUGACUUUUAUAAAAUCUAGCAUAGAAGUAGCUAGAAAGUAUAAUUUUGAUGGAAUUGAUCUUGAUUGGGAAUUUCCUCAAAACAAAAAAGACAUGGAAAAUUUGGCUAUUUUACUAGACCAAUGGAGGGCUGAGGUCAAAAAAGAAUCUUGGACAACAAAAAGGCAACCCCUUUUGAUCACAGCAGCUGUUUAUUUCUCAGUUGACUUCUUUUUAUCUGGUGAAUUCAGAUCGUACCAUGUACCUUCAAUUAACAAGAAUUUAGAUUGGAUUAACUUAAUGUGCUACGAUUAUCGCGGAUCGUGGGACACGUCUACCACGGGUGCACCAGCUGCAUUAUUCGACACGAAAAGUAACAUUAGCACAAGUUAUGGACUUAGGUCAUGGAUUAAAGCCGGAGCAAUAAGAAGCAAAUUAAUUAUGGGAUUACCAUUAUAUGGUAGGACAUGGAAAUUAAAAGAUCCUAAUGUACAUGGAAUUGGUGCACCAGGAGUUGGUAUUGGUCCUGGAGAUGAAGGGACAAUGACAUAUAGGGAAGUAGAGAAAUUUAAUGAAGAAAAUAAUGCUAAGGUUGUAUUUGAUAUUGCAACAGUUUCUACAUAUUCUGUGGCUGGGAAUUCUUGGAUUGGAUAUGAUGAUACUAGAUCUGUUGCAAUGAAGAUAGGAUAUGCUCAAGCUCAAAGAAUUCGAGGGUACUUCUUUUGGGCUGUUGCUGGUGAUCUUGAUUGGAAAAUCUCCAGAACAGCUAAACAGUUGUGGAUUAUUUCAUAAGAAAUGAAAGGAAGAAGGUUAAUGAAGAAUUCUAUAUAUUUUGUAAUUCUCAAAAUUUCUUGGAACUGAAUUGAUAUAUGUAAAUGUAAUAAAGAUGAGUAGUUUGUUUAUGUUGUAGCAUCUGUACUAUGUACCUUCAGCUAAUAAAAUUUGUUAGUGUAAGAGAACACAAACUUUAGCUUU